AUGGAAAAGGAUUCUGCGCGUGCGUAUAACACCAGGUCGAGAACGGCCAGAAAUGAUGAUCCAGUGCUGGAGGAACACCUAGAAGGAGCCGUAGGUUUUUCCACCGGUGGCCUCAUGCACACUCCUCCGAGGCCGUCCAUAGCACCAGCAGUACACUGGGACGCCGAGCCAGUAGUCGCGUCGGUGGUAGAAGCAGCAGUGGCCCAGGCGAACGAAACAUACCGCCAAUCGCAAAAAGAGGGCAUCAACAAAGUGUUGCAGGAGGAAAUCCGAAUGGGGUUUCAAGACUUGAUGGGCGCGUUGAAAGAAGUUUUGCAACCGCGAGAGAAUAGCGGCGAUUCAGCUGCAAAUGGAGCAUGGCAACCGCCAGUCAGCCAGAAUCGGGGUGCGGUGCCAAAACGGCCGCAUCAAUACCAGGCUGAACCUCUAACACCAGCAAGAGGAACUUCGCGUCCAGUAGCAAGGCCAGCGGCAGCUAAUUCCUCCAGUGGAGCUGGCAAUAGCAGCAACACAGCUCGAAAUUGGCAAAAUCCCGCAGCACAGUCGGCCCGUCGAAGAAGCAACAGGCGUAACGAUGGGAGUGGUCAGCUGGACCCGCCUCCUCCCCGCAACACGCCAUUCCUGUUUUUUGGGGCGACGGUGCAGACCCACGAGGCAGUGUUUUCUUUUGAUGAACUGGAGGCCGUGCUGAAACCUGCAAAAGGAAAGGAAGAACCAGAAGCCGUUCGAAGAUUUUCCGGCAUAUCGCCAAGUUUUCGGACAGCGGUGGAACCAUACACAGCAGCUGCAGCGGCCGUCAUAAGUAGCAGCACGAGCCGCAUCGUAGCAGGAGCAACAACGACAGCAGCAGAUCCAGCACCAGCGUUUUCAACGGCAGCAGCAGCAACGACAGUGGCAGCCGGAGCAAAGGCGCCCACCCAAGAAGUGGCAGCAGCAAUAGCGGCGCCACCACAACGCAACAGCAGACACGUCCGUCUGCGCCAUCAGCAGCGGAGGAUAGACAAGCCGGUGAGUCCGUUCCUUGGCCACGCGCCGUGCCUAUUGUUCGCGGUUGAGCAGCGACAUCAGGCAGAGAUCCCGCGCGCCUUACGUCGUGUCGUUUGUAUGGGCUGCGCCUGCAGGGUCCCACACGCCGCCCCAUUGAAGUUUCUGCAAAAGAAAAAAAAGGAAGAUAAUACAAAAGAAAGAAUAUAUACAGAUAUAAUAAAAACCAAAACAAGGCAGAAAGUGGCACCUAAACAGAGCUUGGCGCUCUAUUUAAUUCAAAAAAAAAAAAGUUCACACUCUUAUACACACUUAUAUUGUAUGAAGAUUGCCAAUUGCAGUAGCGCGCAGUGUUUUAUAUGUAUUCUUAUAUUUCUAUUGCGCCCAUGACCGUCGAGAGCUCUCGUUAGGAUUUGGUUAGACAUUUUUCUAUAAAUUUUUGUACCGCGCAUAUUUUUCUCAUACACAUACACAUAUAUCUAUAUACAUAUUUAUUUGCCAUAAGCAUACUUGCAUGUUGGCGCACAUAAAGAACCGCAUUGGCCGUUGGCAAGCCUUCUUUAUUUUGUUUUUAUAUAAAUUAUUAUUGUUCCAUAUUUACAUUGUUUUCACUCACACUCAAUCACACUGAAAUAUAUGUAUGUUUGUAGCCACAUAAACUGAAAAUUAAUUGUUAAUUUUAAUGGUCGCACCGUUGGUGAUGAUGCAUUAAAGCAGCAUCAGUAGGGGCGGGAGACUCACCUGUGCCAUGGAAUAGCCCAAGCACGGUCCAAAAAUAGGGUAUCCAAGAAACAUUUUGGCUUUGGAUACAGGCAGGGAGGGUACGCCUGGGAUAACAACAGCUAAAUCCCAUACAGUUGUCCGAUGCCUCCAAUCCCUGUCCGUCCGCACGUAUAUUAUCUCCUUUUACAGUCACCCGUAUUCGUACGGAUGGCUUGAGGGAGUUAUCCGUUUAUUUGUUUUCUUGUCGCAGUACGUUUCUUUUAGUUUAUGUUAGUUUUUUUGGUUUGUUUACGUUUUGAAUUCGGUUUUGUAUAUUGCGCGUCGAAUUUAUUGUAGUGAUGGCAUUUUGUUUAUCGAUGGAGGAACCGUGUUAUCGGUUAUUGUACGACUCACGCGGGCAUAGGGUUGGAACCACACACCCAAGGAGAAUUCCGAUGAGCCAGCCGGCGUUGCCCAAGAGGAAAAGCGUAGU